GGAGAAAGAACGAGACAAUUGAGUUGUUUGCCCAAAGCCUUUUCACCCAAAAACCAAUCCCCCCACGAAAAACAGCAACUCCCACCACCACCGGUACCAGAAUACCAGUCUGCAUUAUCACUGGAGCCACAUCUGGUUUAGGUGCUGCAGCAGCCUAUGCUCUUUCAAGAGAAGGAUUCUAUGUGGUUCUUGCUGGGAGAUCUUCUCAUAUGUUGUUGAAGGCUAUGGAUGACAUCAGAGCACAGAACAAAGAUGCCCUUCUUAAGGCAUUUGAGGUUGACCUAUUGUCCUUUCAGUCAAUUGUAAAAUUCAAAGGCUCUCUUCAGCAGUGGCUAUUGGAUUCAAAUUUACAUUCUUCAGUCCAACUCCUGAUAAAUAAUGCUGGGAUACUAGCAACAUCAUGCAGACUUACUGCUGAAGGCUAUGAUCAGAUGAUGGGAACCAAUUACAUUGGGGCAUUUUGUCUUACCCAAAUUUUACUCCCACUUAUGGAGAAUAGCCCUGUACCGGCCCGGAUUGUUAAUGUCACAUCCUUUACACAUCGGAGUGGCUGA